AUGGAUAACGCAUCUGUAGAGACCUCGUAUACCGCGGACUGGAGUCCAAAUGAACAACCACAGGUACUCGAUGUCGGGUUGACCCUCAAUGCUAUACUAAAGAUCAUCUUCUACAUUGUCGUGAUGAUUGUCGGGAUUUUGGGGAACAGUCUCAUUCUACGCGUGUUUUGGCCCAAAAAUAAUAAGACAAGCACCCAAGUCCUAAUCACGGGACUGGCCGGGAUGGACCUCACCGUCUGCCUAAUGAGAGUCUACAACCUUACUGUCUAUAUAUUUGUUCUAAAAAACAAGAAGACACCUCCGGCGCUAGGCUACCUAGGAGCCAUAGCCUUGGUGAAUGUGUUUGCCUCUUCUGUGUUGACCGGCUUGAUUGCAGUGGACCGGUAUGACUGCGUAUGUCGGCCGAACAACCGUUUGCUAAAUAGCUUCAGAGCCAAGAUGAUGAUUCUCAGUGCGUACGCUGGGGCGAUGCUCUUUGCUAGUCCGCGUAUACUAGAGGUUAUCUGGCUCCCAGCCACAAGAGCGCUACAAAAAACUUUUCUUACGUUUCAGUUUGUAUUGUAUGUCUUGGUGCUGGGUGUCAUUUGCGUUUGCUACGGGCGGGUCUACAUGGCCAUACGAAAGCAUGUGAAAGUAAAUGCUCUAAGUAAGCAUCGUACUAAUACAAAACAUGAGUUGUCGGCCACUUCAAGAGUGUCUUCCUCUCAAUACGAUGAUACCAUACAGGAACCUAUACCAGCCAUCGCAGGCAAGGUACCACUCUCAGUGCCCUUCCGCAGUGAUGGUGAUCAACCGUCCACACCUAGACGACCAGAGAACACCGAAACGAGCGGCAAACCAGCAGGCGUCGCCAACGAGUCCCUCCACCGAAACGACCAGGCUGCUACUACUCAAGGUAACGUUAAUUCAGCCAAAACUAACCGCCCACCUGGGAACGUAAAACCAAACAAACCAAAGAAGGGCAAAAAUGAAAGUGUUUCACUUCAACGUAAGACCACUAGAAUGAUGUUCGGGACCAGUGUUGUACUCCUGGUGACAUGGUUCCCGUACUGGCUGUAUGUAGCCUUACUUUUAUCCAAAAUUAAUGGCAGUCCAAUACCUUACCAUGUCUUGGAUGUUGUGCGAUACACCACUAUCUCUGUGUACGUCAAUAACAUUUUGAAUCCGUUAAUCUAUGGUGUUGCGAACAGACGAUUUCGCAAGGACUGCCCUUCAAGCAUUGAAGACGAUGAGAACAUGUUAAUGGCGGUGUAG